UACGUCCUUCCCGGUCCUCUCGUACUAGGGAAGGGUCCUCUCAAUGCUCUCACGCCCACACCGGAUAUGGACCGAACUGUCUCACGACGUUCUGAACCCAGCUCACGUCACAGUUCCUUGCCUUGUCUGGAGACUAUCUUCAGGAAUGACAUCUUGGUAGGGAAGGUCACUGUCCUUGCCUUGGCUGGAGACUAUCUUCACGAAUGACAUCUUGGUACGAAAGGUCACUGUCCUUGCCUUCAGGAAAGUGGUACUUGUCUGGAGACCAUAUUGCUGGCCGAAUCGAGUGAUUUACGUUCUCAACUUCUCCCAGGAUGUUGUGGAUGUGCCAUCAGGACAGCCGUCACCAUGGCUUCCAUCACGACAGCCAUCACCACGGUUCCCAUCAACAGCAUCACGAUUGUCCGCAUAGGCACGGUUUUGUCUCCAUUAGCUGCCAUCGCACACCUUGCGAGUCAUGCGGGGAUCUCCGGGGGGUCGGGCUGCCUCACGACAGCCAUCAUCCGGACAGUCGUCGUCGUGACAGCCAUCAUCAAGUCAGGCGUCAUCACGACGGGUGUCAUGACAGUCGUCAACAUAAAAGCCAUCAUCACAACAACCAUUACCACAAAGGCCGAUAUGGCACCCAUCACCACCGUGGCAAUCGUUAUCAUUCAGAUUACGCCGUCACAACAGCGGGGCUGUUACGACCCCGAUGACCACGGCUAUGGAGCUGAACAGCUUGCUGGAAAGAGAUCGGUGAAACUGAACUUCAAAUCUUGUUGGAAAUAGAUAGGCAAAACUCCACUCCACAGAUGGUUAAAGAAAUAUUGUGCAUCUGAAUGUGUUACCAGCCGGGCGGUCUGAGUUGGCCUAGAUUGCCGCGGGUGGCCUCGUCGGGCAAGCUCCCGGCAAAGUCCCCGUCAGCUGUGUGUCCGAAAUUGGAUUCAAUGUGGGUUCCGCGUUGAACGGUUCAGCGGCCGUUAAAUUCCGUUGAUUUGGCGAUUGAACACCGAAGCGGCAGCGGGACUCACAGGGACCCGCGAGGAUUUUUUUGGUGGGCUGAAAAUCUUUUUGAGGUUUACAACGUCGUACUUUUAUUUUAUUUUUUUGAGCUUUGACUAUAUUUUAAAAAAAAAUAAAAAACAUAAACACAAAGGGAAAAAAAAACAAAAACAAAAGAUGAAG